AUGGCGGCAGCAGUGACAGCAGCAGCACCACCAAAUCUAACAAGCCCGAGAUUCCAUGGUUGGCGCGAAAAACCCACAUUCUCACUCUCACCAACAACUCUUCGCUUCUUCAGGAACCCAAGCCGUACAAAGCAUCUCACUCAAGUUUUGGCUCUCGUAGAUGAACAACAACAGCAACAAGUCUCGUUUACAGAGGAAGAGAACUCUCUCGUUGAAGCCCUCAUUGGAAUUCAAGGCCGAGGCCGCUCUGCUUCUCCUCAGCAACUCACUGAUGUUGAGCGUGCUGUGCAAGCUCUUGAAAGUUUACAAGGCAUUCCGGACCCGACCAGCUCUAGUUUGAUUGAGGGACGCUGGCAAUUGAUGUUUACUACAAGACCUGGAACUGCCUCUCCCAUUCAAAGGACAUUUGUUGGGGUCGACUUCUUUAGCGUGUUUCAAGAGGUAUUUCUUCGGACAAAUGACCCACGCGUAUCCAAUAUCGUAAAAUUCUCUGAUGCAAUAGGUGAGCUGAAAGUAGAGGCGGCGGCGUCAAUCAAAGAUAGGAAACGAAUCCUUUUCCGGUUUGACAGAGCAGCCUUUUCUUUCAAAUUUUUACCAUUCAAGGUUCCAUAUCCAGUUCCAUUCAGACUUCUUGGAGAUGAGGCAAAGGGUUGGUUGGAUACCACAUACUUGUCCCAAUCUGGAAACCUCCGAAUAUCAAGAGGAAAUAAGGGAACCACAUUUGUGCUGCAAAAGAAAACUGAGCCUAGGCAAAGAUUGCUAUCAACCAUCUCCACGGGUACAGGAGUCAAAGAGGCAAUCGAUGAGUUUAUCUCCUUCAACCAGAAUAAAGGCAUAGGUGAACCAGAACUCCAAGAGGGAGAGUGGGAAAUGCUAUGGAGUUCACAGGAAGAGACGGAUAGUUGGUUAGAGAAUGCUGCCAAUGGUCUUAUGGGCAAGCAAAUUGUCAAGGAAAAUGGACAAAUAAAGUUUGUGGUUGACAUCUUGCUUGGACUCAAAUUUUCCAUAACUGGCACAUUUGUGAAAUCUGGCACCACAACAUAUGAUAUUACAAUGGACGAUGCAGCCAUCAUCGGCGGCCAAUUUGGAUAUCCCGUAGAGCUAGAAAGCAAGUUCAAACUAGAACCGCUAUGGUACAGGACAGAAGUAAGAUGGGCUAACCAAACAGAUAGAAGAUCUAAAUUUCAGGUGAUAAGCAAAGCUAUCAGAAAGGGUGAAACAAGCAUUUUCGUUGGGAAUGGGGUGAGCCUUGGAGCCUUGAAGUAG